AUGGCGCGUCUCACGACCGAUCUAGAGCACCCGACGGUUGCACCCACAGACACAGCGCUUGCGGCGCUUGCGCCGCGGACACCACCCACUUCCCACGUGAUCCUCGGGGCCGUCCGGAUCACGUGGUGGAAACCCGAGGAUCAGAACCAAGACGGCCGGAUCGACUUCGGCGAGCCCGGGCAGCCCAGAGGGAACUCCGGAGACAACGGGACAACGACCCCAUCGCAGUCGGAGUCUGAAGAGUUCUGCGAUUACGUCUUCGACAACCAGGACGAACCGAGCGUCCCAGAGGAGGUGAAGGAUGCCUUCAAUCACUUCAACGGCUUCAACGAGAAGAUGUCCAGCCAAGAGUUCCUUGGUACCAAAGACGCGUGCCUUCACAACACGCACUUCCGCACCAGUGACGCCGCCAUCGUCUUCUCCAAGGUGGGCCGGGUGGACCUGCGCUGCUGCCGGAUCGCCUUAUGCCUGGCUACCGUGGUGCUGCUGCAAGCGACCGUCGCACCCGACCGUGCGAUCCCACGGUCACAGGAGCGGCUGAACGUGGGCGGCUCGGCGCGCGGUGCCCGUUCGAGCCCGGCGAGCGGGGUGGAGGAGGUGAUCUCCAGCAAUGUCAGUGAAGGAGGUGAUCUCCCGGAGAAUGAGCAAGAGGACAAGGAAGACCUGGCAAUGGACCAGGAAGUUGUAGAGGAAAAGCAGGAUGAGGAAGAGGUGAUCCUGCCGAACCUUUCCAGGACGACCGCUGUGAUCUUCGUGAACUGCGCAGAGGAUGGGAAGUCGUUGAGGCGAGGAAGGUACAUUGACAAGCACCUGACCUGUCCACAGAGCCAGUGCGUUUUGACGAACCAGCUCAAGGAGUUCUCAAAUGCCACAGCGGCGGUCUUCAACCCACUGUGGAUGUCGCCCAUGCACAGCGCACCCCUGCGGAAGCCAGAUGGGCAGCUUUGGGUCUACAGCUUCUUCUUCGAAUCUCCCGCCAGCCACCGUUUUGCGCAGCGUGCCACAGAACAGCUCGGCGCUCGGAUUGAUCUGACCAUGACCUUCCAAACCACCUCGGAGAUCGUCCGGCCCUAUUAUGGACUGCAGCCCUGCCCGGGGGGUUGUGCCACGAAUGCCAAGAACUACGCCACGGGGAAGAAGUACCUUCUGUUGUGGCUGGUGAGCAAUUGCGGUGGAGGUGGUGGACGCCGGAUGGUCUUCAAGAAGAUCCAAGAGCAGCUGGGUGCCGACGCAGUGCAUAAAUACGGCCGCUGUGGCAAGGCCAUCCCCUGCAAACGGCGUGAUGCAGUGUGCGAAAGAAAGUUCUUCGAUCAGUACAAGUUCUAUGCUGCUUUUGAGACCUCGCGCUGCCAGGGCUACAUCACAGAGAAGUUCUACCGCGGCUUUCAAACCACCAUGGUACCCUUGGCCUAUGGCGGCCUCAGCCGACAAGACUAUGAAGGAGUGGUGCCCAAAGAGUCUUUCCUCCACGUGGACGACUUCGUCGACGCGGCGCAGCUGGCGACGACGCUGCGGCAGAUCGACCGGGACGACCAGCGCUACAACCGUUUCCACACCUGGCGCGAGAAGUUUCGUGUCAUGAGUCAAAUUGAGACCCACCACCGCGCCUACUGCGAGCUCUGCGACCGUUUGGCCAACCGAUCGGCGGCCAAGCGUCCCUUCAGGACCUCUAGGGAUUUGACCAACUGGAUGUUCAAUCGCUGCGCAAAGGACAUGCCCCGCUGGAAGUGA